AGUCCUAAAAUAUGCCACCAAUCCAAAAUCCCACAUCGAAUUAUUGCAUCGAAUCCCAAUUCUACAUCUUUUGAGCCCAAAAACAGUAGCAUUCAAUCCGAGAGAGAGAGAGAGAGAGAGAGAGAGAGAGAGCAAAUAUAUAUAAUAAAUAAGUUCGUUCUGCAAAUCCUCUGUACAUCUUCAGAAAAACAAGAGAAAAUGGUAAAUGGAAGGUUGUAAAUUUGGGUGUAUUUAAUCAAAGAAAAGAAGACAUUUUUGUUGAGGUGUUUUGUAUUUCUAAAAGUGGUGGUGAAAAUGUCUACGAAAGGUAUGUAUACGUUAAGAGAAGAUAAACAAGAGUUAACGAAGCAACUAGGAUGCAUGAAUGGGAUUUUUCAGCUUUUUGAUCGACGUUAUCUACUUGGCCAAAAGAAGCUACCUCAAGGUGGAAAAAAGGAGAUCAACAAUGCAUCAGAGAAACCAAAGGAGAAAAUGGCAAAUGAAAAACACAGAGUAUCUACUGAAUCAUCAAGAAACUCAGUUUCUUCUUCUAGUUCAUUAUUAGAUUGUAGUAAAAGACUUCAAACAGAACCCUCUUCAAUUUGUCCAAGCAUCAUUUCCGAACCCUUGCCUCCAACUGUCACAAAAGAUGAUAUCAAGAAUGUAGUCAAGGAUUCAAUGACUCGAAAGCCUCGAGUAGUGUCAGUAAAAACUGUCGCGAAAGACGAACGAAAAGGUCCCAUAAUGACACAUACUGAUUCCCCAAGGCCUGUUUUAUACGAAAGAAAAGAUCAAAAUCUUGAUAAACUUAAAGAAAUUUCAAGGGGUGUUAAGGAGAUUUCAAGGUUUUCAUGUGAUGGAAGGGAAUCAAUUUACAAGUUAAAAUCCGUUGCUAAUAUUAAAGAGAUUCCGAGGUUAUCUUUAGAUAGCAAACAAACUUCUAUCAAGAAUCACAAGACUACCCACGACUUAUUAGUAACAAACAAGCGACCUUCUUCAAGUGUUGUCGCAAGGUUGAUGGGUUUAGAAGCUUUGAAUGACGUCAUCAAUGGAGGUGAUAGUUUAAAGACAAAACCAUGUUUAGAUGACACUAACACAUCGGUUUCUCAUUCAAGAUUAUCAAGCAACAAAAUGGCAAUGACAUCACCUCGAAUUCAACUAGAACCAGCUCCAUGGGGAACCCAGAAACAAGCGACUCAUAAGAAAGCUUCUAGAGUUGACCAUGGCUGCCAUUCGGUUUAUGGUCAAAUCCAAAAAAGAAUGAAUGACGUUGAGUUUAAAAGCUCAGGAAAAGAUCUAAGAGCUCUAAAGCAGAUUCUUGAAGCGAUACAGAGGACAAAUAUGAAGUUGGAGAAGACGGAAGACAAGAAAAUAGUUCAACAAGAUUCAAUGGUGAUUACAAGUCUUCAAAAAGUCAAGAAAGUCAACCGUAUAGAUAAUAGGCGAUGUGUAAAAAACUUAACUCCAAUUGAAACAAAAGCUAAAAAACCGGUGUCACCUUCAAGAAACUCGGGAAAUGUAAGCCCGAGAUUGCAGAGAUCAAAGAAUGGAAUCGAAAAGCAACCGGUUCGUGGGAAUAGAAAGCAACCGAAGGGGCAAUUGAGUAAUUUUAGUAGUCAUGUAAGAAGUUUAAGUCAACAAAGUGACAUCGUUUCAUUCCCUUCGGAAAGUGAUACAAGUGUAGCUUCACAGAAUGAGUCAGAGGUUACGAGCAACGAUUCGAGUCAAGGGAACAAGAAUAAAUUUGCUGAAAGAUUGAUCGAGUAUAAGACAAUGGCUGAACAACCGAGUCCUGUUUCGGUUCUUGAUGCAUUUUACACAGAAGAAGCAAUGUCUCCGAUGAAAAAGAAAUCGUAUAGAUUUAAAGAUGAUGAGGAUUUGCACUUUGAUGAACAAGAAUGGAGUCAAGUGGGAAUAGACAACUUGGCCGAACUAAAUCAGUCCCCUUCAGGGGUAAAAAUGGAAAACAUAAAUCAUCUUGUUCGUCAAAUUGAACUAUUAAACUCCACAAGUGAUGAAGUCACCAUGAAUCCACAUGAAAAUGGAGAUAAAAAAUACAUCAAAGAGAUUUUAUUAGCCUCUGGUUUUUUCAAAAAUCUUGAUUGUGCUACAACAAUCGUUCACCUUCAUCCAACAGGCAGCUUGAUCAACCCUGAGUUGUUCAACAUUUUGGAAAAAAACAAAAAUACCCAUGAGUCCAAAUCAUCAAAAUCCGAGAAAAUGAGGAGAAAGAUGAUAUUUGAUAGCGUUAAUGAUGUUCUUGUGCAAAUAUUAAGGAAAAAGAAAGGAAGGAUUCCUAAUGGAGAGAAGAUAUUGAUGGAAUUGUGGUCAGAAAUAAAUAAUCUCCAAAGUAACAAAGGGAGUGAACAAUAUGAUGAAGUAUUAAACAUCAUAGCUAUGGAUGUGAAUAAAAAGUCAGAAGAUUGGGAUGAUAAUUGUAAUGAGAUUCCAAAUUUGGCUUUAGAUAUAGAACGUCUUAUUUUUAAAGAUUUGAUUAGUGAGAUUGUGAACUUUGAGGUAGCUAGUCUACAAUAUGGGCCUCAGAAGCAUUGUAGGAAAUUAUUUAUUAUGUAGAAAUUGACUCUUGUAAUUGGAAAAAUGGUGGUAUAAUUAUAAUGAUAUAGGUUGUUAGAUA